AGGACGUUCUGUCUGAACACAAGUAAAAACUUCUUUGCUGUGAGGGUGGCAGAGCACUGGGACAGGCUGCCCAGAAAGGUUCAGGAGUCUCCUCUGGAGAUACUCACAACCUGCCUGGAUGCAGUCUUGGGAAGCCUGCUUUAGGUGGAUUUGCUUUAGCAGGAGGGUCGGGUGUGAUGAUUUCUAAAGCCCCCUUCCAACCUCUGCUAUGCUGUGACCUGAUGUCUUGCAACCACGCUGAGGCUGAGCUGGGCUCAGCCCACAUUCCCCAUGGGACCAGGAGUGUUUCUUCCUCUGACUACAAGCCUCCAUAAGCUGCUUUUACUGCCCUGUGCACCCAUGGCUUGGCCCUCACUGCCCAGUCAUGGCAGACAUGGCCUCUGUUGAGCACACAACAGCUGAGGCUGCAGGAGAGGGAGCAGGGGGGCUUGCCCUUCUCCUUUACAGCUUCUGAGUGGUCAGCAUGAGGGAUUUAAAGGAGAGGAAGGAAGGUGCCUUUCCUCUGCUCGCAUCUUGUCUUCAGGGGCAGCCAGGUUCUGCAAAGGAGCUGGAGGCCAUCCCCAUGUUCAUGAAGCGGUGCCCGGCGGAGAUCGACGCGGAGCGGCAGCCCGACCUGGCCUGCCUGCAGUCCCUCCUGUUCGACGAGGAGCAGAGCCCCGCAGAGCUGGCCAAGAUGUACAAGAACGAAGGGAACGACUACUUCAAGGAGAAGGACUACAAGAGAGCCGUCGUCGCCUACAGCGAGGGGCUGCAGCGGCGGUGCGGGGACCCCGAGCUGAACGCUGUGCUGCACACGAACCGAGGCGCGGCGCAGUUCCACCUGGGUAACUACCGCUCGGCUCUCAGAGAUGCCAUCCAAGCCAGAAAGCUGAAGCCCACCCAUCUCAAAGCAAUCAUCAGAGGAGCUCUCUGCCACGUGGAGCUGAAGAACUUCUCCGAGGCAAUAGCGUGGUGUGAGGAGGGCUUGCAAAUAGAUGCCAAAGAGAGAAAGCUCGUGGAAACAAGAGCUAAAGCUGACAAAUUAAAGCGAGCUGAGGAGCGGGACGCAAGGAGAGCCAAGGCGAUGGAGAAGAAGGAGCAGUGCCAGAAGGAAAUCUUGCUUGCAGCGAUAAAGGAAAGAAAUAUCAAGCUGGCUCUUGAGCCUUCCAGUGAAGAAGAGGAAAUAUCAGGUGGCCUGGCUGAGAUAUCCUUAGAUGGGUUCCACUGUGACAGUGCCACCGGGGCCAAGGUGCACUUAGAUGCUGAUGGCAGCCUGAACUGGCCUGUCCUCUUUCUGUACCCUGAGCAUGAGCAAACAGACUUCAUUGCAGCUUUCCACGAGAACUCCAGGUUUAUUGAUCAUUUAAUGGUGAUGUUUGCUGAGUUACCUCCUUGGGAUUUAGAAAGAAAAUACCUUCCCAGCAGUCUGGAGCUCUAUUUUGAAGAUGAAGAAAGAGCAGAAAUGUACGAGCUGAACCCAGGACACACUUUGCUACAAGUGCUGCAGCACGAAAGGUAUUUUGUGAAGGCUGGGACCCCAGCAGUUUUGGCGCUUGUAAAGCACUCUCCUUUCUCUGAGAAGUAUUUCUGUGGCAAGAAGGUGCAUCGGCUGCCGUGAGCCAGGAGUGAAGAGCAGUCCUCUGCAGGAGCUGCUGCUUGGCGUCCCAGCUGCAGCCUGCACGCUCCUGCUGGAACCAAAACGCCUUGAGAAAUGCUCUUGGCACGCAGGGAGACUUCCAGGAAGGCAGCACAGGAGAACGAAGGGCUUACCAGAGGGGAUUAUUUGCUUAAAGAGAAACCCAGCUGGCUUGCAGAAGGUCCUGUCUAGCACAGGCUGCCUGUGCUUUUGAAAUAAACCUGAAGCAGUGCCAAACAAUGGCUGCAGUUGGA